UUUAAAAUAAUUUUGGCAAUUAGCUUUAUUUGUAUUUAUUAGAUAAAAGGUAUUUCUAAGUUACAGGGCUUAGGUACAUGAAGAGCUGUUGCCAUGAAAGGGCAGGAAGGGUUGGGAGGAUGCCUGGGUGUCACACGCCUGCGGCGUGAUUAUUGAUUACUGUCAAAUUUCACAAUGUUGGCUAUUCGCAGAACGUAUCUGUCCAACUAGUAAAUUCUCUAAAGAUAACCUAAACUCACAUACAUUUCAGGAAAUUAGAAACACAUAUAAGGAUGAAAUUGAGACCUUCGACGUCCUUUGCUUCCAACACUGAAAAAACUUACAUCCCCCUGGUCAUAGGGCGCUGUAAUCCUCCUUGUUGGGUUCCCAGCUUAAGGUGCUAAGAACACGCUCUGGCCCCGUUUUAUUCCCACGCGUCAGGAUUUCCAAUGUGAAGGAUCCAGGGUGUGUGGCAGACGUGCACUAGUCCUGGUUCCAGGGCUCAAGCUGGCCGGUUGCGGUCUGCUCUGUGCCAAAUCCUCCCCUAAAAGAUCUGUUUUGUCUCAGGCUGGUCUGACUCACAUAGAAUAGAUAGAUAAUCAGCGCAUGCCCUCCAGAUCAGGUUGUCGGCUUACAAAUAUAGCUCGUUAGCGCACAGGCACUGGACGCUCCGCCGCGCGGGCUCUUCCGGCCGCUCGGCGGGUGUAAACAGCCUCGAGCGGAUUACGUGCGACUCCGGGGAGGUGGCGGUAAUUUCAUGCUCUUCCAAUGGGGCACAAAGUGGUCGUGUUUGACAUUUCUGUCAUCAGAGCCCUGUGGGAAACCCGUGUCAAGAAGCACAGAGUUCGGCAGAAGAAGGAGGAAGAAAGGCUUGAGAAGAGUGCAUUGGAAAAGAUAAAGGAGGAGUGGAACUUCGUGGCUGAGUGCAGGAGGAAAGGCAUCCCCCAAGCUGCAUACUGCAAGAAUGGCUUCGUAGACACCAAUGUGCAGCUUCUGCAAAAGAUUGAAAAGAACAUUCUCACCAAGCAGAGUUCACUUGUCAAGGACAAAGGCAAACAGAGCAGUGAGUUUGUGCUUGAACUUUCAGGGGAUCACUGGAAGGAGCUCCCAGAUUCGUUGAGGGAGCAGACACACCUGAGAGAAUGGCACAUAAGCAAUACCCUGAUUCAAAUCAUUCCUGCAUAUAUCAAGCUGUUUCAAGCAAUGAGAGUUCUGGAUCUGCCAAAAAACCAAAUCUCUCAUCUUCCAGCUGAAAUUGGUUGUUUGAAGAACCUGAAAGAACUCAAUGUGAGUUUCAACCAUCUGAAGAGCAUUCCGCCAGAACUGGGAGAGUGUGAAAAUCUAGAGAGACUGGACUGUUCUGGGAACCUAGAAUUAACUGAGCUGCCCUUUGAAUUAAGUAAUUUGAAGCAAGUUACGUUUGUAGAUAUUUCAGCAAACAAGUUUUCAAGUGUCCCGAUCUGUGUCCUGCGGAUGUCUAAUUUGCAGUGGUUGGAUAUAAGCAACAAUAACCUGAGUGACCUGCCACAAGAUAUAGACAGGCUAGAAGAACUGCAGAGCUUUCUCUUACACAAAAACAAGCUGACCUAUCUUCCUUACUCCAUGCUUAACCUAAAGAAGCUCAGCUUGUUAGUCGUCAGUGGGAACCAUUUGGUGGAGGUGCCAACUGCCCUUUGUGACUCAUCCACGCCUUUGCGAUUUGUAAGCCUUAUGGAUAAUCCUACACAACUUCAAGAUGCUGAUGAAAUAAUGGAAAGUGAACAGGAUCGCCAACAUUUUGAUAAGGAAUUUAUGAAAGCCUAUAUUGAAGAUCUUAAAGAAAGAGAAUCUGUUCCCAGCUAUACCACCAAAGUAUCUUUUAGCCUUCAACUUUGAUAUCAUCCAUCAGAAGACCACAAAAUCUCACUAUCCUGUGGAGCUUUAAAUCUUUGUGUUAUGGGUCAUGUCAUAUAGGAAUAAUAUGGCUUGUCCUUAAGGACAAAGUCUAGCAACCACUGUCAUAGUUGUUAAGAAAAACUAUUUUCAAAUUUCAAAUAUAUGAAUAUCUCCUUUUGUGGACCGGAGAAUUGAUAAAUUGGUUUAAAUAUUGAUAUUUAUAAGUGCUUUUACAUAUACUUACUUCCAAAUAAUACACAUUUAAUAUUUUUAAAAAUGUAUUAUCUUUUAAAAUUAUAGCUUAAAGACCAAAUUCUGAA